AGCUAGGCUGUGAGGACGUGUUCCGAGGAAGUCGGAGCCGGGAUCCGCCGGCGACAUGGAGCCGCUGUACCAACAAACGCACAAGCAGGUCCACGAGAUCCAGUCUCACAUGGGACGCCUGGAGACGGCAGACAAGCAGUCUGUACACUUGGUAGAAAAUGAAAUUCAAGCAAGCAUAAACCAGAUAUUCAGCCAUCUAGAACGUCUGGAGAUUUUGUCAAGCAAGGAGCCCCCUAAUAAAAGGCAGAAUGCCAAACUUCGUGUGGACCAGUUAAAAUAUGAUGUCCAGCACCUGCAGACUGCUCUCAGAAACUUCCAGCACCGACGCUAUGCCAGGGAGCAACAGGAGAGACAGCGAGAGGAGCUUCUGUCUCGCACCUUUACCACUAAUGACUCUGACACCACCAUACCUAUGGAUGAAUCACUGCAGUUUAACUCCUCCCUCCAGAACAUUCACCACGGCAUGGAUGACCUCAUUGGAGGCGGGCACAGUAUUCUGGAGGGACUGAGGGCCCAGAGACUGACCUUGAAGGGGACUCAGAAAAAGAUCCUUGACAUUGCCAACAUGCUGGGCUUGUCCAACACGGUGAUGCGGCUCAUUGAGAAGAGGGCCUUCCAGGACAAGUACUUGAUGAUUGGAGGGAUGCUGCUCACCUGUGCUGUCAUGUUCCUUGUGGUGCAGUACCUGACAUGAGGCAGCCUUGCCCAGCGCUAGACAAUACUCCCACUGUGUGAGAGUGUGCAAGAGUUUGUGUAUGUGCGUGUGAGGGAGAGGAGGCCCUUUUAAAUGUAUGCCUGCCUUAACUGUGAAGCCCACUUGGGUAUAUUUGUGACCCAGUUUCAAACCUGCUCUGUUUGCUGUGACAUCCUGGAAAGGGAGUUAGUGCCACCAAGAUGCAUGGUGCUUAGGAAAUGGAAGAAUUCCCUGUUGUCCAGCUCUCUCUUGAUGGGGGAGGGAAGGGACGGCUUUGGUGGCUUUGUCACACAAUUGCAGUCUUCCUUGGAAAGCUCCAGCAGUGAAGCUUGCAUGCAGACUGUUCAUCUCGUCAUCAUCCAGCAUCUGAGUCCUAAUGGACAGGCAGGAGCACAGGCAAGAAGAGGAAAAAGACCUUCUUUCCCUGCAUCUGCUGGGGUCGAUCAGAUUUUAUACUUGCUUCUAGCCACCACCCCAGUCUCCCCCUACUGCCACUCCUACCCCUGCUUAAAACAACAAGAAGUAGAUGACUUAACUGCUAACACUUGUCAUCCUUCCCUGGAAGCUGCUACCCAGGGGAAGCAGGCAGUGGAGCUAUUGCCAAUAGUGUGUAAACCUUACCACACUAUGGCUGUUACUGGAUGCUUGUCCUUCCUGAGGUAAGGCCAGUGUUGUUCUCUGGGAGUGUUAACUGUCUGGAAAAAGAUCCAAGUCACUGAUUGUUUCUAGUCAUCACUAGAAUGAAUGAUCAGCUCUUAUGAUCCAAAGACUUGAGGUUGGUGCCUAGGCUUCAGUGGAUUUUUCUUUUGCCCCUUAGAAAGUAGCAGUGAGUGAAGGCUUAGAGAUCAAUCAGUCACAGUCACAUCUGUAGUUCUUUGGCUUUCUUCUCCUUGGAAUACAUUAGCACCCAUCAGCUCCCCAAAUCUGUCUAGCUAGGAUAGGCCACUGUGGAGUUGUCCCUGUGUGGAUGCCAUGGACUGGGUUGGACCUUUUUAUUUCUCUCCCAAGUCUGGAUUAAGGUUGUACCAAAGUAAUAGUAUGUUGUGGAAUUAUUAGAAAGCCAGUCUUUCUUGAAGUCAAUCUAAUGUGAUUAAUUGCUGAAAGUACCAGAAAGACAUAGAAUAUUGUCCUGCUUGCCCUACCAACCCUAAGCUUAGCCUUGUGGUAGGACAAAAUAUCACUCCCUCUUUCUGAACUGGAAAAUUGAUCAGUAUUAAUGCUGCCUUCAGUGUCUUGUCAUAUGUACUCCUGCCUUUGUCCCUUGUUUCUUGAACUGUCUUCUGUUUAGUCCCUCCUCCCCCUACUACACAUUUCAUUCCACCUCCCUUUCAUACUGUAGCAAUAUCAGUCUCUUCUCACACCUUUGUGGUAUAGAUCCUCCAGUGAAUUCUCUUAACUGCCAUAGAUUUUUAACAUGAGUUUCCUGGGUACUAAUUUCACAUUUCUGGUGUGAUUUCCAUCAUUUCUAUCUGUUUGGGCCAAACAAGCCCUAGAUGUCCAGGAAGAAAGAAUCUCUGUCUCCUUCUAAAAGGGAUUCACAGCCCUGCAGAGUGAAGACUGUGGUGGUGGGCACGGGGCUUGCAGCAUCUUUAGACUGUAAUCUGACUUCAGGGAGAUACACUUUGAAGAUUUUAUCAUGCCCAGCUCAGAGCUCUUGGUGGGCCAUAAAUGGAGUUUUAGACUGUACAGACCUGGUUCUUCUGCCACCUGGGUACCUGAGAAUCCUGCCAGGGCAGCACACUUUGGAUUGUAGCUGAACCAUUUGGAUUUGAACUCGAAGGCUGAUCAGCCCCCUUACCCUACUCCCAGCCCCAUAGUGUGUAUCAGUUUCCACACUUUGUGGUGAUGAACUUUUGUGUGCUGUACCCUCAGAGCCUGAGAUCUCCCUGUUUUGGAGUAAGUAUGUGGAGUUAAGGGCUAGGAAGCAGCAGUCUUUCAGGAGACCCCAGGACACCAAGAUUGCUAUUGUCACAUGACUACCCUCCCAUUGUGUUCAUUGCUAAUACACCUUGUCCUGGCUGUGUGCAGCUGGGGAGGGAGUGCCCUCUAGUGGGCUUAGAUGAGUUCUGACCUGGAAACCCAAGCAGGCAGCCUCUGCCCCUGGGAACAGGAGCUAGGUGCCUUUUGUAGAUUUGAAACAGGUGGGUUGCUAACAGGAACUUGAACCUUCUUUAUUAAGUGGACAUGUACCCCAGGUCUGGCCACUUUAAGAAAAUUCAAACUCAAAAGACCAAAUAAACAGUCUCAAUUUUGUAGGUUUCACUGCUGUUUUUUCCCCCUUCUUGCCCUUUUGAAUUUAGAUGGGUUUAAUUUGCAACUUUGGAUGAACAUUUAUUGUCUCCAAAACACCAGCUAAAUAAAGUCAAAAUUUAUUUUAUUUAGAAAAUACUUUGUGAAAGCAUUUGAUAUUCACUGUUAGGACUGUCCUCCUCUUCUGUUUCCAAGCAAGAGGCUCUCAGAGGCCAGGGCAGGGUGGCUGCCUCAAAAGAAGCUGAGAAACCUAAAAUUACAGAUUCCUGGGGCUUAUCCCAGACCUGAGUCAGAACAUUUUUUUAAGUCUCUAAAGUAAUUGUAAUGUGCAUAUUUUGGAGCCACUAUUUCUUAAACAGAAGGCUUUUGUCUUAAUCACAGAUGCUAACUUUGGGAAAUAUAUCUGGAAGUAGCUCAGCAGGUAUUUGUGAAAGGCAAGACAUGUUAAGUCCAAGAUAAAGCUUCUGUACAGCCAGCCUUAUUCUGGAAGAGUGAAGGUGAGUUAGGGGAAAUAAUUAGGAGCUAUAGCUAUAGCUCAAUGGUAGGGUGCUUGCCUGGUACUCACAGGCCCUGUAUUCUAUACGUAGCCCCACAGGGAGAAUAUUCAGCAAGGAAAUAAAUAAGGAAAUACUAAAAUAGUGGAAUAUAAAUUGAGGACUACAAAUAACAGCAGGAUGUCAACAUGGAAAAGAAACUCAAAUGCAAGUCUUAAAGCCCUGUAGACACCCUAUAAAAUCCUUCCUGUAUGUAGCCUUGGGUCCAAAAGCUAUAGCAGAAGUGUGAGAUGUUUUUGCCACAUGGGGCGUGUGCAUGUGAGUGCAUGCGCGUGCCUGCGUGCGUGCGUGUGCGUGUGCGUGUGUGUGUGUGUGUGUGUGUGUGUGUGUGUGUUUCACCUAUGUUCAAAGACUGGGUUAGCACUGUUGGCUUCCACAUAGUUGUCAGGCAGUUUGUCUCUCUGCUCCCCCAUUAACUUCCCAAACCCUCUGAGUUAGGUCCUAUAUCAUUGCUUUUAUGCAGACAAGGGUAGCUUUAGUGAUUCUGAAGACCUCAUAGGGAAGCUGGCUCCUUGUCUGGCUAGACCAUAGCCCAACCUCUGUACCAGUCUGCCUCUCACAUUCCCCUGGAGAUGCUCUGCUGGUGUAGGCCAGCCAGGGGAAUGGGACCAUGGAGGCCUACCAGCAUCCAUUACAGAACUCCUAAACAUUUGUUGCAGGCCAUUCCACAGAUUAUGGAUUCUCAAACUAAUUGAAAAGGCAAGGAUUGGGAGAGCAUUUGGAGCACCUACCUUCAAGUGGAGGCCUCCAGAGAUAUGAAGCAGUGAUUCUCAACCUUGGCCACUUCCUGGAAUCCUAGAGGAAUUAAAAAAGAAAAAAGUCUUGAUUUGGGGUCUCUUCUCCAGAGGUUCUGAGCUAUUUACUCUGGGACAAAGCCUGGCCUUUGAUAUUUUGAUGGAGAUUAAAACCGGGAGUGUUCUUAAUCCUU